AUGUCCCCAAAGAUUGUUUUUGUGCUGGCCAUGCUCGUGGCUAUGGGCGCCCCUACUCUCACGGCAACACCGUCUGAUCAAAAGGGCUCAUUUCUCAGUGGUGAAGAUGAAGAUCAUUCAAUGGAAGCCCAAGGCCAAGAACCAGCUUCUCUCCGAGGGUCAAGCCGCCGCCUCCUUGCUCUGAACUUCGACCGGUACAUCUUGACAUGUGACACACAUCCUUGGGUUUGUAGUGCCAAGGGCAGCUGGGGGCCAGACUGCUGCAUGAAGAGGUGUGUGAAUGUGACGACAAACAUGCUCAACUGCGGGAAGUGUGGGAAGACAUGCAAGUAUUUUGAGAUCUGUUGCGAGGGUCAAUGUGUGAAACUGAUGUCCAACAAGAAGCACUGUGGACGCUGCAACAACAACUGCAAGAAAGGGAGUUCCUGUGUGUAUGGAAUGUGUAGCUACGCAUAA